AGCUCUUAAUUUGCCCGGGUCUGGUGUAAAAAGUUUGGACACCCCUGAUUUUGAACUUAAGAACAAGGCCCCUUCCUGGCAACCUGUCUUUGUCUUUAUCGCGUGUUCCUAAAAUAUCAACAUGUAAAUAAAUCAAAACAAUAGAGAGGGGUGUUUGCGAUAGGAGAAAACUUGAAGUAAGUCGCCAGAUGGGGAGUGUCGAAUCUACCUCUGAGGGCCGAAGUCCCGCCUCACAGUGUGACUUGAGGGUAUAAAAUGAAGGAACGUCACUACGCGGGAGGCAUUCAUCUUCAGUUGGAGUUCACCUAGGAAUUCUGUCAAAGAGACACACGUCUGUCAAUCACCAUAACCACUGCCUGCACAGAGACUGAUUCCUGUCGCACUCCUUCCGCCUCCAAGCUCCGAGUUUACCUUCAGUCGGGCGGCCACACGGAGCUCAGCAUGGCCGCGGACGGCUCCGACCAGCGGGCGCUGCAGUAUGAACAAACUCUGAUGUAUGGGCGUUACACCCAGGAGCUGGGGGUGUACGCUAAAGAAGAAGCAGCUCGACUGAGGGAGAGUGGACAGAGGCGAUCGGUCAGUGAGCGAAGUCGGAACUUGGACCUGCUGGAAUACAACAAAGGACGCUGUGCCAAGUGUCGCAUUUGCACGUUUCGCUGCCAAAAGUUCCUGAUCUCACGGGUCGGGGAGGACUGGAUCUUCCUCAUCCUGCUGGGACUACUCAUGGCAUUGGUCAGCUGGGUGGUGGACUUUUGCAUUGCCAUUUGCCUUCAAGCACAGAAAUGGAUGUAUGGUGGCCUGGACAGUAACGUUUUCCUGCAGUAUCUGGCCUGGGUCACAUACCCUGUGGUCCUCAUCACCUUUUCUGCCGGCUUCACUCAGAUUCUUGCUCCACAAGCUGUUGGUUCGGGCAUUCCAGAAAUGAAAACGAUCUUGCGAGGAGUAGUGCUGAAGGAAUACCUCACCUUCAAAACAUUUGUGGCCAAAGUCAUCGGCCUGACCUGCGCCCUGGGCAGUGGAAUGCCGCUGGGCAAAGAGGGUCCAUUCGUUCACAUUGCCAGUUUGUGCGCCGCUCUCCUCAGCAAGUUCAUGUCUCUGUUUGGAGGAAUUUAUGAGAACGAGUCGAGAAACAUUGAGAUGCUCGCUGCGGCCUGUGCAGUGGGGGUCGGUUGCUGUUUUGCUGCCCCUAUUGGAGGUGUGUUGUUUAGUAUUGAAGUAACAUCGACAUUCUUUGCGGUGAGGAACUAUUGGAGAGGUUUCUUUGCAGCAACCUUCAGUGCCUUCAUUUUCCGAGUGCUCGCUGUUUGGAACAAGGAUGAAGAGACCAUCACAGCCCUUUUUAAAACUCGCUUUCGACUAGAUUUCCCCUUUGACCUCCAGGAGCUUCCCGCUUUUGCUGUCAUUGGAAUCGCCAGUGGGUUUGGUGGGGCCUUGUUUGUCUACUUUCACCGACUGAUUGUCCAGUUCAUCAGGAAACAGAAGACCAUCAACAAAUUCCUCAUGAAAAAACGCCUUCUGUAUCCAGCACUAGUAACUCUACUUGUUUCCACCUUAACAUUCCCCCCUGGCUUUGGUCAAUUUAUGGCUGGCAAGCUGACGCAGAAAGAAUCUCUGGUGACGUUACUCGACAACCGGACUUGGUCCAAAGAAGGCAUUGCAGAAGAGUUUGACUACAUUGGCAACUCCCAGGCUUGGCAACAUCCGCAAGUCAACGUCUUUGUCACACUGGUACUCUUCAUCGUCAUGAAGUUCUGGAUGUCUGCCCUUGCCACAACAAUUCCAGUACCCUGCGGAGCAUUCAUGCCAGUAUUUGUUAUAGGAGCAGCAUUUGGUCGCCUGGUGGGAGAAAGCAUGGCAGCCUGGUUCCCAGAUGGUAUUAACACGGAUGGCACCAUAUACCCCAUUGUACCAGGAGGCUAUGCUGUAGUAGGUGCAGCAGCCCUGUCAGGAGCAGUCACCCAUACAGUUUCUACCGCAGUGAUUGUUUUUGAGCUGACCGGGCAGAUCUCUCACAUCCUUCCUGUGAUGAUAGCAGUGAUUCUGGCCAAUGCUGUAGCGCAGUCACUGCAACCCUCCAUCUACGACUCCAUCAUCCGGAUCAAGAAGCUGCCAUACCUCCCAGAGCUGGGCUGGGGACACCAUGAGAAGUAUAAUAUCCGUGUGGAGGACAUCAUGGUGAGGGACGUGCGCUACAUCACACUCAACUGCUGCUACAGAGAUCUGCAUAAUGUCCUGAUGACGGGUCACCUCAAAACUCUGGCUCUGGUGGAAUCAGCUGCAUCAAUGAUCCUCUUGGGCUCCAUCGAACGUGCUCAGCUCCAGGCGCUGCUCUCUCUACAGCUUGGUCGUCCUCGUCGCCUGGAGUUCAUCAGAGAGCGGGAUGCAGCGGAGAAGAAGCGUAUGUCUGUUGUGUCCAACUCUGACUGCGAGUACGACCACCAGCGAACAAGUCAAAAGGUCCGCUUCCAGAUUUCCACUGAAGAAUCAUCCUUCAGCCCCACUCAUCCAAUUUCUCCAAAGCCCCUUAAACCUGCUCUGAAGAGACCCUCUGUGGUUGAGCGGCCCAUUGAUAUCCCCACCAGUCUACAGGACCAGUCAGGCAACUCUCUAAAGAACCUGUUUUGUGCCAGUCCAGAUGCAGAAAUGAUGGAGGAUGAUGGCGAUGUGGAAGAUGACAUGACGCUCAGAGAGAUUGCAGAGUGGGAGGAGAUGCAACUUGAUGAGCAGGUCAACUUUAACAACUGCAAGAUCGACCCUGCCCCAUUCCAGCUUGUAGAGCGCACAUCGCUGCAUAAGACUCACACGAUCUUCUCCUUGCUGGGCCUGGACCACGCCUACGUGACCAGUAUCGGACGCCUCAUUGGCGUUGUUUCCCUUAAAGAGCUUCGUAAAGCCAUCGAGGGCUCCAUGACGGUGAAGGGUGUGAAGGUGCGUCCACCUCUGGCCAGUUUCCGGGACAGCGGCACCAGCAGCAGCGAGACCGACGCCACCGAGCUCCGCAAACUGUGGAGUUGCCAGAAGAGCGCCUCGCUGCCCCGCGAACACGCCCCGUCAGAGUGCGACGAGAAGUCCCAGUGAGGUACAAAAUAGGACAUGUCCAAGUCCUACAUUCUCUGCAGUCAACAAAACAACAAAAAAACAUGUAAAAUUCCUCAGGGCUACGAAUCAAUAUUUCAUUGUGGAAAGAUGUCCUCGCAGUCAUUUUGUGCAAGACACUCCUCAGGGGAGCCAAACACAUCUCAGCCUGUGUCCUGCUCUCUAUUAACACCUGGGAACCAACAAGUGGUGAAUUUCUAAAACAAACAAAAAGGGAUUUUCUUAAGCAGUUAGUUAGUCUGAUCUGACAGUUGCAGUCUGGUGUACUGUAAAUGCUGAUUAAGCACUGUUUUGUUUUGCACUGGAAAGACUCCUGGGUGUCCUCCCCCCUUUUUAGAGUAUGGACCAGGCAAGCAGACAUGCCCGACAUAGCCUGUAACCAUUUGAAUAAUGCAUCCCUUAAUGCACAGAAACAUAGCCUUAAGUUUAUGGCCUAUCUAAAUAUAGAUCGGACUGAUCAGACGGACAGCAAUGGACGCAAGUAAGCAAAGAUUCAAUGAAUGAAUUUGCCUCCAAAUCAAUGCACCUUUCUUCACCUUUGCUUUAGAGACACUGGAUAGUAUAAGAGAUGAUCAAACGUACACGAAAAGGGAGCGGAAUGCGCUUCAUGACUGCCGUACGAAGGGUAGAAACACUACAAGAAAUCAAUGGAAAGAUAGUCGAUUUUAAAAAUGAACCUUGUUUAGAUACCCGAUUAUUAGCUUUAGCAUCGACGGAGGAAAUCGGAGCUCUCAUUGUUUUAAUUCUUGGAUUCAGUCAUCAGUGAGCCUGACAUGACAGAUAAUAAGUACUGUGUAUUUAAUAAUUCAUGUCUACCAUAAUGCAUGAGGUUGGGCAAUGUGUGCUCUGUUAAUGGAAAGAAAAACACUGAUUUCUCUUCCUUCUCCUCCGUGCUUCUGAGCCACAAAACUCCAUGCCCCUAUUUUAUAUAUAUAUAUGGUAUUUUUUUAUAGACCUGUACUACACCCACGGAAAUGUUACUACAGUGCUGCGUGCCGUGAAUGCGCACACUCGGAGCCGCCAUCAUUAUCAGUUUCCCUUUUGAUGUUCUGCACAGGUGGUACUGUAAGUACGGUGACACCAGUAGCAUGGAUUAGCAUGAAAUAUACAGUGGUAUGUUAGUUUGAUUCGUUUGUUGGACAAAUUGAGGGCCCUCGGUUAUCUGGAACAUUGCACGUGAUUAACUAGGGCGUUUGCUCGCAUGUAAACAAAGAAUCGCACUCAGUCUCUGCGCUUGUUUUAAUUCCGUCCAACUGCAAAAUAAUCCACCACCAAGCCAGAGUCCAAAGAAAGUUGGGAGUGGCAGCCCUUUUGUUAGGAAAGUGAGAAAUGUUACUGAAUUUAAAACAGAACUCGUAGCAAAGUACAAAAGUGGCUCAUUAACAGUGGGGCAAAAAAAGUAUUUAGUCAGCCACCGAUUGUGCAAGUUCU